CUGCAACCUCAUUAGCACGCGGUCGAGCAUGUCGUCAGGCGACGAGUUCGACGACCACUACGCCACGCAGCGCCGGCGACAGGCAAGCGCUGCGCCCACCAAGGCAGCGGCCGCCACCGAGACCGCCGUUCCGUGGGUCGACGACGCCGAGGCGCCGGCCUGCCACGUGUGCGAGACGCCCUUCUCGCUCGUGAAGCGCCGUCAUCAUUGCCGCACGUGCGGCAAUGUCAUUUGCUCAUCGUGCUCGGUGUUUGUACCAACGGCGAAGAAGCCGCAGCGCGUCUGCAUCGCCUGCGUCGAAGGCGUCCAGCCUCAACGAAAGCGAGCCGAAGCAGACGUGACGCUAUCCACGCGGCCACCCCGCCCUGUUCCAAUGGCACCGUCGUCGCACCGGUUGCAAGAGAGCAUCGACAACUGGUUCCUGGAUGAGAACGAACCCGUGAGCCCGAUGGCGCCGAUGCCGGUGCCUGGAAAAGCACCCCGAUCCUCAGCUCCGUCGUCGAGCGCGUGGGCUUCGGUCGGUCCGUCGCAGACCAAGGCCAAGCCACAAGGCAAUCUUCGCUUCGCCGACGUCGUGUUCGACGACCGGCCGUUGUACGACGACGACCUCGACGACACCCGGUCGCAAUCUCGAUUUCCGCCGCCCAAGACACAACCGCAGUAUGAGAAUCGGCGGGCUGACCGCCAUGGGCAUCGCGCAAGUGUACCGUCGGCGCAGCCGCCGUCCCCCCUCCGACCGUGA